CGUUUCCACCAUGUUUAUACGUUUACGCGUAUAAUCAUAUAUCGUAUGCCGUUCUGGCAAAACCGAACAGAUUUACCAGCCAAGACUUUAUACUUUUUAAUUCGCUCGAGCACACACGUUCGCAUUCUAGGAGAUAAUUGAACAUCGCAUCUGAUUCCGAACUAACUGCGAAUCAUAAAGCGGAGAGCAGAUCAUACCUGUUGGGAAUCGUGUAUAAAGAAAUGCCAGACAGACUAUACGUCGGAACCAUGUGACAAGAAAUGUAAUCACUGUUUGAAGAAAACAAGGCAUAAGGUUCAAGUAAUCACAGAAUAUGAAAAUGAAUGCAUCCAUGGGAAUUGCAGCGUACCUAAAAAUGGCGAUCAUUUAGGAACCACUAAUAUUACCACGAAGAUUGACAUUCAUAACGUUAUUAACAAUAACGCAAGUGUAAUAAGUGGAACAAGUAAUGGAAUGUGUUGUCCUACAUGUAAUCCACCAAUUCCAUGUAUGCAACCUGGGCACCCUGGGCACCCUGGGCACCCUGGGCACCCUGGGCAACCUGGGCAACCUGGGCAACCUGAACAACCUGGACAACCGUGUGGUCCUCCACACAUAUGUGGUCAGCCACCGCAACAACUACCUUUUCAGCUAUCGUUGGUACCGCAGCUAUCUUUGGGAUUGGGUCUUUCAUUAGGUACUGGAUGUCAAUGGCCUUUCCAAUGGCCUUGCUUCGGCCAAAACUGGACAGGUUCAAAACCAGUGGGACCAAUUGACUGCUCGGGUUGUGCACACUCGUACAGUUCUUUUAGAUGUGACGUGUCUUGUUAUGCGACACGGGGUGCACAAACUCUUAAUUCCAAGCCUUGUGUGAGUCCAUAUUGUGUGGGUGGUGUCCACUGAUGAAAAAUUCAAUAUUUUAUACAAGGCUAUAAGAUUUAUAUGAACUAAAAUAUAGAAUCUGAAAUAUACUUACAUUAAUUUGUCGUUUCUAUUCUCGAAUUUAGAUAUUAUAAUAAAAUUGUUCUAUAAAUAUUAUAUGAAUUAAUUUAGUCUAUAAAAAGAAAGUAUCUUCUGAUAUAUGGUAUAAUAAAACUGUUAUGUUUAACUUAUGUUAAAUUAG